AACAUGAGGCAAAUCGCCUAUUCCCUUCUGGCUCUUUUGCCUAUAGCCUGUUUUCUCGUAUUCGCCAAAAAUCCAGAAGAAGCUGCCGAAGGGCGAAGUAAUACUGUAUUGUAUUCGGCUACUGUACUUGCAGGCUUGAAACUUCACGACGACGUUUCGGAUCAUCAGCACGACGACUCAAACCUUACCAUCUCACGAACGAAACGUCAAUUCCGAUGCCCAGCUAAUUGCUUCUCCAGCUGUUCGAACAACUACCAGUGCCAAGCGAUGCCAGUACAGUCAAUCUGUGUCCAAGGAUGCUGCUGCCCCUCAAGCAGUGUCAACCUCGAAACGGCAUGUUCCGGAGGUCCGGCUGUAGCCGCGUGCCUGGGUGGACUUUGCGGACAAGGAUUCUUCUGUACAACUAACAACUUUUGCUGCCGUUGCCAAUCUGGGAACACGACAGGACCAUGUGUAAAUCAGCAAUGUCCAGUUGGCUACAUGUGCAACACCAAUAACUACUGCUGCCCUCUCGGAUCUGGUGGAGUCCUAGGACCAUGUGUGAAUGGAGCCUGUCCGACGGGAUACACCUGUGGUGCUGGAAACCUUUGCUAUCUGACGGCAGGAAAGUAG